AUGGCGGAUCCACUCAACGUACCGAUUGGUCUCCCUCCGCCUUCAAACCCUAGUUCUCAGGGUCGACCUGCCAAAUCCCUCAAGCGGAAACGGAAGUCUUCGUCUCCUUCGCCGCUCAACUUGACCCCUGACCAGAAAGCCUCCCACGCUCAGCUGCUGCGCCAAGAAUUGAGCUCCCUCAUUCUCUAUUUCCAUGAAAUUGCUAGUAACAAGGUCGGCUUUGGCUUCGGCCUUGAUUUGGCCGGAAUCGAGUGCAAGACGGCCAACGGAAUGGUGGCCCUGAUGAUAGAGGAGAGUGGACUGCCCCUUGCCAGGCUGAUUGAACGGUUGAAGAGCAAGUUGGAGGAUAGUCGGGUGAAGCACGAAACCAUGACAACUAUGGCCGGGAUUAAGAGCUCAGUGUUGCUUGUGGGCCAAAGAAUCAUGUAUGGGGUGCCCAAUCUUGACGCCGAUGUUCUCGAAGAUGACUCGCCGUCCUGUCUGUGGUGUUGGGAGACAAGGGACCUGAAAUUGAUGCCAAAGUCAUUGCGAAGUUCUUUAAAAGUUAGACGUGAAUGUCGGAGAAGGAUCCAUGAGAGAAUUACUGCGAUUUAUGCCAUGCUUGCUGUGCUCCAGAAGUCCGAGAGUGUUGAAGAUUACAAAAUUGAUUUGAGGAAGGCAUCGGAGAAGCUCCUGAAAACAUUAGGAGAAACUGACAUUCGGUCAUACAUGGAUGGCAUGUUGCAGAAAAAUGAUGCCGAAAUGGCUGAUAAAGACGUAAAGCGGGAACAAAAGUUGCUUAUCAGGCAACUUGAGAAAAACAAGCGUGCGUCCGAGCAAGAAAAAAGGAGGAAGGACCUUGAGGUCCGAAGAGAAAAACAGCAAAUGGAAAAGGAGGAAAAACGAAUGCAAGAGGAGGCUGAAAAAGUUGAAAAGCGCCGUGGUAAAGAAGAGUCUGAAGCUGAAAGGGAGAAAAGGCGCCGUGUAAAGGAAGAAGCUCAGCUGAAACAGCAGAUUUCUGUACAAAAGCAAGCCUCAAUAAUGGAACGGUUUCUCAAUCGAAACAAAACAGGCUCAGAAUCCCGCGAUCAACAGUUUUCUACUGGUGUUAGAUCCACUGAGUUGUCCGCCAAAGAUCAUGAAAGGAUGCCCGUUGCAGUCACACAGGAGAUGGACACUACUUUUUCAUCAAAUGAUGGUGUUGGAAUUGAUGAGAUCCGCAAGUCGCACAUAUCUUCCUGGCAUCAUCGGGAUCAGUCACUUCAUUUAAGCAGAAAAAGGCACUGGAGCAUACGCCAGAAACCAAAGAGUAAUUUGAUUAAAAAGCUCAAGCUAACUUGUAAUAGAGAAAUGGACACUGAUGAUGAAUUAAGUGUCGAGAAACUUUCAAGUGGAUCUUGGAAGCAACCAUAUGAUGAUGGAGAAUUCAUUGCCCUUCAUAGUGUGUUGCUUCCAGAUAUUAAAAGGUGCAACCGGAGGAAACAGUUACUGCAGUUUGCUAAGUGUCAUCGGCCAGCAUUUUAUGGAAUUUGGCCGAAGAAAAGUAAUGUUAUCCAACCACGCCAUCCACUGAGGAAGGAUCCCGAAUUAGAUUAUGAUAUAGAUAGCGAUGAAGAAUGGGAGGAGGAGGACCCGGGUGAGAGCCUCUCAGAUUGUGACAAGGAUGACGAAGAGGAACAUCUCGAGGGAAGCUCAAAAGCUGAUGAUGAAGAGGAAAGUGAAGAUGGUUUUUUUGUCCCUGAUGGCUAUUUCUCAGAAAAUGAGGGAGUACAAAUUGACAGAAUGGACAUUGACAUCUCAGUGGAUGAGGCAAAGAGUUCACCUAGUAGCACACAAGACUCUGAGAGUGUGGAGUUCUAUACUUUGCUUCAACAGCAGAAGCAUCUAAGCAAUCUAACAGAGAGCGCCCUGAAGAAAAACCUGCCUUAUUUUAUACUGAAUCUAAUUCACGAGAAGGAUAUGUCAUUAGGACAUGCAGAUGUUGGCGGUAUAUCAAAGCUGGAAGAUAUGUGCUUACGAGGUCUCAGUAUGCGUUCUUUCCCUAGCGGGCAACCAAUUGAAAUAUCAAUUGAAACUGUAGAAGCCGAGGAAGAGAGUGCUUGCCUAUCGAAUGCCAAGGAUAAUCCCAAGCCUGUUUCAUGCACGAUGUCUCGAUCACUGCAAGAAUCAGAUAUGCCUGCUGUUAUAUUGGCUGUCCAGUCGUGCUCUCAAAGUAUUGGUAAAGUCAUUGAAACGUUGCAGCAGAAGUUCCCCACAGUGUCAAAGUCACAACUGAAAUGCAAAGUUCGUGAGAUCUCAGAUUUUGUCGAUAACAGAUGGCAGGUCAAGAAAGAAGUCAUGGACCAGGCUGGUGUGUCUAUAUCACCAGCGCGAGUGGUGAAGAGGGCACAAAGUAUUUCAACAUUCUUCUCAAAGAGGUGCAUGCCUCCUUCAGGUAAAAUGAGCAUGGACAAUCUGAUAGAUACGCUGUCGCAGCCCUCAGAAAAGCCCGGUUCUGGAGUGGAGAUCCAGCAGCAGCAGCAGCAGCAGCAGAUUUCUGGCCAAACUAACCAAUAG